GAAAAAGAUGGGGGAAGCUAUGGCAACUGAGGCACCCAAAGCACCGUUGACUAGUGAAAGGAGGAUUCGAAAUGACCUGGAAGAAAAAUUACCAAAACCCUAUUUGGCUAGAGCACUGGUAGCUCCUGAUGUGGAUCAUCCAAAUGGAACACCAGGACAUCGGAACAAUGGAAUGAGUGUUCUUCAGCAACAUGUUGCCUAUUUUGAUCAAGACAACAAUGGAAUUGUUUAUCCCUGGGAGACUUACAGAGGCAUUCGAGAUCUUGGUUUCAAUCCAGUUUCCUCUCUUUUUAUAGCAAUUUUCAUCAAUUUUGGAUUGAGUUAUCUCACUCUCCCUGGGUGGCUGCCAAAUCUGCUAUUUCCCAUAUACAUAGACAGAAUACACAAAGCAAAGCAUGGGAGUGAUUCAGCAACAUUUGACACUGAAGGAAGGUUUAUGCCAGUGAACCUUGAGAACAUUUUUAGCAAGUAUGCUCGGACAGAACCCGACAAGUUAACAUUCGGAGAGGUGUGGCGAAUGACUGAGGCAAAUAGGGUGGCAUAUGACUUCAUUGGCUGGCUUGUAUCCAAGGGAGAAUGGGUGCUUUUAUAUAUCCUUGCCAAGGAUCAGAAUGGUUUUCUAUCGAAAGAAGCUGUAAGGGGGUGUUUUGAUGGGAGUUUAUUCGAGUACUGUGCCAGAAUGAAUAAGGGUCGUGACGGAAAGAACCGCUGAAUAAAGCAGUGGUGGCUGCCGGUCGGAACAGCUGCAACUAUCAGCUAAUGCUACUUCAUAUCCCCAGAUUACCACUUCUGAUAAAAUAACUAAGUGUAGUUUU